AUGAUAUAUAUAUAUAUAUAUAUAUACGUGCAUCGAUUGUUUGUUGUGGCGUACUUCUCUUGCACAUUUUGCAAUUUGAAGAUUUGUGAGAAAUUAUGAGUCGAAUCAAGUUGGAAAGAUCUCCUUCAAUCUCUUCAUGCUUCCCAGAAAGGUUUUCUGGUCCGAGUAUGGAAAUUAGUACUUCAACAUCUGGGAGAGGCUAUACAACAACUUCUUCGUAUUCACAUCAAGUCCCUCGGUUCAUGCCUUCUCUUCCAGAAACUGCAGUUGAUAAGCAUCUUGUCGAGGAAAAGCAGGAGUUGCUUAAGGUUCUUCCCGGUUCAGCAGCCCCUGCAGUUGCAUCCCUGAACUCACAACAUUCUGUUUCAAUUGACAUAACUGAUCAUGAGAGUUCUGUUCCAUCACCGGCUGCCGCUCAGCUUCAAAAAGAAAAUGCAAUUGGGUCUCUUCAGCGGAUGCAAUCACUUUUCAACACAUUCCCCAAUUCAGCACCUGCAACUCUUUACUCGGAGCGGACUGUGACAAUUGACUUAACCAGGCAACAAUCUGUUUCGGCACCUGCUAGCAUCGACCUUUAUAGCAAAUCUGCAGCUGCACCUCUCCCAGCUCCUCCGACGAUUUCACAUGGUCUUGUGAAAGGAAAUAGAAGCACCACUGGGCUUACGUUAUACGCACCUUUAUACCAAGCUGCAAUGAAGGGUGACUGGGAAAAGGCUGAUGAGUUCUUUAAAUCCCAUCCAGGUGCUAUAAAUGUUAGGAUCACCAAGGAGAUGGAUACGGUUCUCCAUAUCGCAGCAGGGGCUAAACAUACCAAGUUUGUUGAGGAGGUGGUCAAGUCGAUGACGGGAACCGAUUUAACUUUACGGAACAAGUACAAUAAUACUGCUCUAUGUUAUGCAGCUGCCUCAGGAGUCACCAAAAUAGCAGAAAUGAUGGUGAGCAAGAAUAGAAACUUGCCAAUGAUGAGGAACAACAGAGGAGUGACGCCUCUUUAUAUAGCUGCGUUAUUCGGACACAAAGACAUGGUCUGGUAUCUCUACUCUGUCACUUCAGACGAAUAUUUAACGCGAGACGACUACAUCGGUCUGCUUAUUGCUACCAUCAGCACCGAUUUGUUUGAUGUAGCCUUGAGCAUCAUUCAACACCAACCAGAAUUAGCAAUUCAGCGAGAUCUAAAUGGGGAGACAGCACUUCAUGUUUUAGCUCGAAAGUCAUCAGCAUUUGCCAGCAAAAGUGGGCUUGGAUUCUGGCAUAGAUUUAUUUAUCCAUGGAUCUUUGUGGAAGUACCUACCAAAUGUAGCUGCCCAUCUAGCAUCUUCCAAAUCCAUAGGCACUUGAGUAAUCAAGAAUCUCUCAGCUUGGUGGGACAACUUUUCCGUGCAAUACAAAUGAAUGUCCCAGGAAUCAAGGCAGUUUAUGACAAGAAGUUGAUGCACACACAAGUUCUUGAGCUGGUUAAGCUGUCGUGGGAACAAGUUCUGUUAUUGGAUGACUGCCAAAUUGCAGAGUUGCUUGCAAGCCCUUCACAGCCACUCUUCGUUGCGGCAGAGUUCGGAAUUGUUGAGUUUAUAACUGCACUUAUACGCUCUUAUCCUGAUUUAAUAUGGAAAGUUAAUGAGCAAAGUAGAAGCAUUUUUCACAUCGCCGUAGCGCAUCGCCAGGAAAAGAUCUUUAGCCUCAUUAAUGAUAUUGGAGCACACAAGGACAUGAUUACUGCUUAUAAAGAUAUUAACAAUGCCAACAUAUUGCAUUUGGCUGGAAUGAUUGCACCCCGGGAUAAACUUAAUGUUAUUUCCGGUGCAGCCCUUCAGAUGCAGAGAGAAUUAUUGUGGUUCAAGGAAGUUGAGAAGAAUGUGCAGCCUUCAUUAAAGGAGAUGAGAGACAAGAAUGGUAGAACACCUCGAAUGUUAUUUACCGAAGAACAUAGAGGGCUGGUUAAAGAAGGAGAGAAAUGGAUGAAGAAUACUGCUUCAUCAUGCAUGCUUCUUGCUACACUAAUUACUACAGUGAUGUUUGCUGCAAUUUUCACAGUUCCAGGAGGCAAUGACAACAGCAAGGGCACUCCACUUGUUUUGGCGUCUACAUCUUUCAUAGUCUUUGCCGUGGCAGAUGCAUUUGCACUAUUCUCUUCAGUCACUUCUAUAUUAAUGUUCCUUUCCAUACUUACUUCUCGUUACGCAGAAGAAGAUUUCGUAGAGUCCCUGCCGAAAAGAUUGGUAGUAGGUCUUGCAACACUCUUUUGCUCUAUAGCAGCCAUGCUUGUAGCAUUUGCUGCAACCUUUUGCAUCGUGCUUGACCAUCGAUUGGCAUGGAUUGUUGUCCCUAUUUCUCUAGGUUCCUCUGUCCCUGUAACUUUAUUUGCAUUUUUACAAUUUCCACUUUUUGUUGAUAUGAUCCAUUCUUCAUAUGGGGCUGGCAUUUUCGCCCGAAAAAGCACAGAUAUGCUAUACUGAUAAUAGUUUAACAAAACAUUCUUGUGACA